AUGUCGGAAUCAAUGCUGAGAGCGCUACGCGACGAGCUGGUCCAUCUAGGCCUCGACCCAGCCGCGCAUCCUGAUGAAGACGUGCUCCAGAUGAUGCUGGAUGUCGAGCAGAACCAUGUGGCUGCGGCGGCGCGCGCUAUCGUCGACGCCCAGACGGCCGAGCAGCGUGCCUCACAGGACACGACCACGUCGUCGUCUCGUGCCGUGCACGCGUCUCCUAGCCCUCCUAUCCACCACGUAGGCACGGCACAGCCAUUUCGUACAUUGGGCCCUGUGAAUGCUAGUGUGUGGGAUAGCCAGUGGCUCCUGGCACUGUGGCGUGUCGUUUCCUUUCCCUUCUCUGUUCUAGGCGCGGUGGCCAUGUUCGUCUGGCGUCUGAUCUACGGAUCACGUAGCACGUCGGAACGCUAUGAGCUGAGCCGGCUCUCGCAGGAUCCUACGGUAUGCGCACGCAACUGGGUCCUUGCUCUAGAGCGCGAUACGCAAGGCUCCACGUCGCCCGAGGCCAUCUCCAUGGGCCGCGUCCCCCUCCCGCCCUUUAUGAUCGGGAGCUAUUCGGAGGCAUUGCUGCGUGUGCGUGAUCACAUCCAGAUCCUCAUGGUGGUGCUGACCAGUCGGGCGCAUAGUGACUACGAUGCUUUCCGGCAGCAAGUACUGACAGAUAGCGCCCUGGUACGUGCGCUGCAAUCGCCCGACUUUGUCGUCUGGGGCGGUGAUAUUCAGGAUCGGGAAGCCUAUCAGGUCUCGAAUUUGCUUGAGGCGAGUACGUUCCCCUUUGUCGCUUUCAUUGCGCUGCAGCCACGUCGCUCGCGCUCCCGCGGGCGUGUCGUGCCCCACCCUGCUGUCCUGAGCCGCCUGGAAGGCUCGCCCCAGUCUGUACUAAGCGCUUCGGCCCUGUGCACUCACAUUACCGAGAUGAUCCUCCCGCGCACAAAUACUUACCUCCACCAACUACGCCGUGAACAGCAUCAGCGGGAGCAAGAGCGUGAGUUGCGGGCGGAGCAAGACCGCGCGUACGAAGAGGCAAGUCGGCGUGAUCAAGAGCGUGUGCUGCAACGUCGUGAAGAAGAACAAAUGCGGCUCGCGCAGGAAGCUUCGCUGGCACAGGCUGAGGCUGCCAAGGCAUCUAUGCUUCAACGGGCCGCUCAGUGGCGCACAUGGGCGCAUGCUCACUUUGUGCCUAAGGAGCCAGAAGCCGGCGUUGCACCGACCAUCCGUGUCAGUGUGAAACUGCCCGAUGGCCGAAACCUCCAACGUCAUUUCCGUCCUUCGGACACGCUCGAGCACCUUUAUGCCUAUGUCGACACCAUCGAUGCGCAUGUGGAGGACGCGCCUCUCUCGCGGCCGACGGGUUACGAACACACAUACCCCUUUCAACUUGUCCAGACGUACCCCCGACGCCUGCUAUCGCAUGACAUCCUCUCUUCGGCCUUGCAGGAUGUACAAGGGUUCGGGCCCAGUGCUUCGUUGAUCGUGGAGCCUUUGCACCCUGACGAGCCCUCAGGAAGCAGUGAAGAGGACGAUGACGAUGACGAUGAUGAUGAUGAUAACCAUGAGUGA